CCUGUUAGACGUAGAAAGAUAUUUUUGUAAAAAGAUACUACAAAUGCAUGAUGAAAAUACCUGGGAAAAAGUUUGUCAUUUUCCAAACGUUCUUAAGGGUAUAAAAUUUGAACUAUUUUAGAUCAGGAUAAAUUAAUUUUAUUCCAUUAACACGAACCAACAGUACUUUUUUACCUUACAUUAUGAUAGGCACUCAAGAAUACGACCAUUCUGGGCUAGCACAGAUUUUAGGAAAUGAUGCUGUUUUUAAAUGCAACAGAUAGGACUACCAAAUUCGAUGUUUCUGGUGAAUCAUUCAACAUUACUUUUUUACGUGUUGUGUGUUUGAAAAAAAUCGAACUCUAGAUAUGGAUCACAUAGCAUGUGGGUUGAACGGAUUACUAUUUUUCUCUCACUUUUUUUAUUAUUAUUCAGAAAGGUUUUUGGGAUUAAGAACGUUUGUAAACCAGAGUUAGUUCUUGGUAACUUUUACAAACUGUUGAAAAAUAUAACUCUAUAUACUGCCAUACUGUGUAAGUGACCCUAAUAUGUGUAACCUAUUAAUUCAAUUAAAACUCAACUUCUUCAUCCUUGUGAGAUGCCGAUAGGUGACACAAUAUAUUCCGCUUUUGAUUACUUCAUAGCAAAUUAGUCCAAUCUGGCCUUCUUUUGGUGGCAUUACGAGAAUUCCUCCUAUGUUCCGCUCCUGGCUCCUUUGCAGAUGCUUAUUUGAUGAAGGUUGUUGACAGUGAAUCAAGUGAUCUUAGUAGUCUACGUUGACAAAAUAUUAAAUGACUAAAGCUUAUAUUGAAACGAAAACACCGUUAUUACUGUCAAAAGUCCAAUUUAUUACUCUAACACUAAUUUAUAACUAUGUGGACUGGACUAUGUGGAUGCGUCAGUCGCACUUCGUUCACUGUCUCGACUGUGACUGACUCCUUCCGCCAUCUGGUUAGGUAUUUAUUCCCAUAUCGAGGAGUCGAGAUACAUUCCAGGGUUUUCGCGAACUGCCUUGGAUGGUUAUCAGAAAAAUAAAAAAUGUGAAUUAAGUGUAGCUUUAUUGCAUGCAUAUGAGAGCGGAGCAUAUGAAUGAACCCCGUUAUUUAACAUAACACUGCUUAAUCUUCACGCUGUUUCAAGUAAACAAUGUUUUAUGUUACCAAUACUUUUUUCAGAGGAUGGACAAGGAUAAUAAUAGAAAAACCUUUCGGGAGAGAUCUGGACUCUUCCGAAAAGCUCUCUUCUCACCUGGGCUCGCUGUUCAAAGAAAAUCAGAUCUACCGAAUCGAUCAUUACUUGGGCAAAGAGAUGGUGCAGAAUCUGAUGACCCUGCGUUUCGGAAACAGGAUAUUCAGUCCCAGCUGGAACAGAGACAAUAUUGCAUGUAUUCAGAUCUCAUUCAAGGAGCCCUUCGGUACUCAGGGUAGAGGAGGGUACUUCGAUGAAUUCGGGAUUAUACGAGAUAUCAUGCAAAACCACUUGCUGCAGAUCUUCACCCUCGUUGCCAUGGAGAAGCCUACAUCGGUUCAUCCUGAUGAUAUUAGAGAUGAAAAGGUGAAGGUUUUGAAAUGCACGAAAGACCUGCAACUUGAAGACGUGGUUUUGGGACAAUACGUUGGUAACCCUGAUGGUGAAGGUGAAGCGAAAGAGGCUUACCUUGAUGACCCAACAGUACCAAAUGACUCUGUCACUGCUACAUACGCCAUGGCGGUACUAAGAGUCACAAAUGAAAGAUGGGAUGGAGUACCAUUUGUGCUAAAGUGUGGAAAAGCUUUAAAUGAACGCAAGGCGGAGGUGAGAAUACAGUUCAAAGACGUCCCUGGGGAUAUUUUUGAUGGCAAGCCUAAGAGAAACGAACUUGUCAUCAGAGUUCAACCAGGAGAAGCUCUCUAUAUAAAACUUAUGGUGAAGACACCGGGAAUGGCUUUUGACAUGGAAGAAACCGAGCUGGAUCUCACCUAUGGCAGCCGAUAUGCGAAUGUGAAUCUGCCGGAUGCUUAUGAACGCCUGAUCCUGGACGUCUUCUGUGGAUCACAGAUGCAUUUCGUACGUUCUGAUGAGCUGAGUGAAGCUUGGAGAAUAUUUACACCAUUACUGCAUAGGAUCGAGUCGGAGAAAAUUCGACCUAAACCCUAUGUGUAUGGAAGCAGAGGUCCCAAAGAGGCUGACGAGUUGUUAUUGAAGAACAACUUUACUUACACAGGGUCUUACAAAUGGAAGCAACCAGAGUGAUUUUGUUACUAUUUAUUUGUUAUUAAUUGUUACAAUAUAUAUAUCUAGAAUUAUGGCUGAUGAUAUAUAUUUUUGGUGAAUUUACAGAAAACACUGUUUAUUAUGUUUGAAAUGUUUAAUAAAUUAUUUAUAAAGUAAUA